AUAUAAAAAAAAAAAAUUAUAUCCAACGACCUUAAAAAAAUCUCUUAAAAAAUCCAGAAGAAGAAGAGAUUUUUGGAAGAUCUUCGUAUCUGUAAUUAGAAAAUAGAAAAAAAACAGGAGCGUCAAUUUUCAUACAGUAGAAAGAGGAAGAAGAUGAAAAGCAGUAAGCAACUAGGGGUGAAAUUUUGAACGUAGUGUGUAGUGCGUUUGAUGUGUGUGUGUGGUGCGGAUGAAAUUGGAGAUUGAGUCGAAAAAUCUUUCAAAAAAGACCAACUUGUCCUCGCUCUUCUUUCGACGUUUGCAACGUUAGUCGCGCUGCUUAGAUUCAACUAACAACCUGUUGUUAACUCAACCUCUUGUUGUUACUCCUGAUAGAAUCUUAACUCGUUAAGAGGUCAUUGUUACGCAGCAGUAACAUUUUAACCGUUCUCUAAGCUUUACAAAUUCACGAAUUGCGUUACGCGAAUUAAAAAGAAAGGAGGAAGGAACCUGUAUUUCCUGCGAUAUCUUGGAAUUGAUUAAGGUGCCAUCGAGUCUGUAGUAAUUUAACUUAAUAAUACGAAAUCGACAAUGGAACUAGCAUCGAACAUGUCCAUUCUACCUGGAACCGAUUGGAACUUCACCAAUCAAACUAUAGAUAUAAUCCACCCUAUACAAGAAAUCGAUUUAGAUAUAAAGGAACAACGAAUAAUCAUUUAUCCUAAAGGAGCUUCGAUUUUUGCAGCGAUAUGUGCAGUUUUCUUUAUCAUUUUUGGAAUUUUAGGCAAUCUCUUAACAAUUCUUGCCCUCUGUAGAUGUGCCAAAUUGAGAAAUGCCACAACGGCUUUCGUCGUCAGUUUAUGCACUGCCGAUCUUCUCUUUUGUACCUUUAAUUUGCCUCUUACAGCUUCACGUUACAUUCAUCAAAGUUGGCUCUUGGGUGAAACUAUGUGCACCCUUUUUCCAUUCUUCUUCUAUGGAAACGUUGCUGUUUCUUUGAUGUCCAUGACGGCCAUUACAAUAAACAGAUAUAUCUUGAUCAAUCAUUAUAGAAUAUACGAUAGAAUCUACCGCAGAAGAAACAUAGCUCUGAUGAUCGCAUUCUGCUGGUUAUUUAGUUUCAGCAUGUUGCUCCCGACAUUAACCAAAACUUGGGGCCAGUUUGGUCUUCAUGAAGAAACUUUUUCGUGUACCAUUCUUAAAUUGGAUGGCAAGUCUCCCAAAAAAUUCCUAUUCGUUUUUGGCUUUCUUCUUCCUUGCAUUGUCAUCAUACUAUCUUAUUCGUGUAUCUUCUAUAAAGUUCGUCAAACAAGGAAAAACAUCGCAGCACAUAGCCCAAAUACACCAACUCAAGCUCCACUUUGCCAUCAAGUUUCUCAACGUGCUGAUGAAAUUCGAUUAACAAAGCUGAUGAUGAUUGUUUUCUUUUCCUUUUUGAUCUGUUUCCUCCCUUUGAUGAUCGUUAACGUGUUCGACAGCAAAUUCAGGAUUCCGGUAAUUCACGUGUUAGCCUCCAUCUUGGCUUGGAUGAGUUCUUGCAUUAACCCCAUCAUUUAUGCCGUUCUAAAUCGCCAAUAUCGUCAAGCGUACAUUCGUUUAUUCUGCCCUCGUGAAAGAAGUACGUCUACAGUUUCGAGAUCGGGGAGUGGUUCAGCGUAUUCUAAGACUUUAGUAUCUGACGUCUUCAUUUAUCAUCCAGCAUCAAACAAAAUGGAGAAGAAGCAGGCAGAGGACAAGAUCUAAGCUUUUUUACAUUGUAUUAAAUUCGUGACUUUCAGUUAAUUAUAAAGUUCUAAAUUACAAUGGAAGAAAGACGACGCGAGAUGAGGUCAUUUAAAAUUGAGAUCCUCGUGUUAAAUGCAUCUGUGCUUGAAGUAGAAAGAGAUGGAGACGACUGUGUUGUUUGGCAACAUAGGGUAUAUGAUAAAUAGGGCAAUCAUCUCACGUUUCGAGUAGAUGAUAAAGGUUUUACCUCAAGGCAUUAGAUACAAAAGACUAAGAUUGAUACUGUUUGCAUGAAACACGAGUCGAUAGAAGUUAAAAUUGAUUUUUCAAUACAGGGGAUGAGUUUUCAAACGGUGUGAGCUUAUAAAUAUUUAUAUCGUUUAACAUAAAAAAACAGCUGCAAUAAAUUGGAUAGAUAUCAAUUACGAAUUUAUUAAAAUAUUAUAAAGUAUUUCCUCAGAUAUCAAAUUCGAUCAGAAAUAAUUUGUCUAGAAUGUUUCCGGUGGGUUUCAAAUUUGUUCAACAAUUCUGCUACGGCUGAUACGUUAUCUCUAUUGGAAUUUUGUUGAAGUGAUCUUAAAUUCCUUUCUCUACAACCAAUCUUGAAGACUUCAAAAAUUUUAAGAAUUUGCAGUUUAUUUAUCAUCAUUAAAACAAAAUUUAAACAUUCGUGUAUAAAAAUGGAGUGAUUUUUGUGUGUUAAAGUGUUCAUUGAGAAGUUUUGUAAAUGUAUAAACUUGAAAUUCGACUCGAAAUUUGCAAAUAAUAAUAAUAAAAUUAAUAAUAAAUCUUAAAAGAAAGUUAUUGACGGCCGUUAUCUUAACGACGGCCGUUAGUAAACUGAUUAUUUCUUUUAAAUUAACGGUUAAAUACAGGAAAUUAAUUGAUUCAUUAUUUAUAUAAUGCUUACUUAAAGAAAGAAAUCAGUUUAAUGUGCUAAAUAUUAUUCUAAAUUACUCAAAUUUUUAGAAUAAUAUAAGAAAAUUCCUAACAAAUAUGUGCUUAUUGCUGAUUAAUAUAAAUUUUAACCUUACUUAAUUCUCAUUUUGCCCAAUUUUUGAGGCAAAAAUUCAUAUUUUGACUCAAAAUUUGUGUAAAAUAAUAACGAACUAAAAUUUUUAU